AUGCACAAGUACAAAGUACAAACACGGACGAACAACGCGUCGCUUGGGCUGCGAGACUUAAAGCUCGAUCCGAAAGAUCCGCGUUGCAUCAUCGCGAGUGCGAGCAAUGGGCAGGCGUAUCUUUGGGACACGCGUUUGGCUGGAGAUAAACAAACGGCACAGUUGAGUUCGCUUCUCAAGACGACAGCGAUCGCUUCGCUAGUCGUCUCCGAUGACGGACACACCGUCAUCGGUGGUGAUGGUGACAAGGGCGACCUUUUAAUUUGGGACAUGCGCAAGGCGACCAGCAACACAUCAAUCGGUGGUCUCGGCGACAACACACAGUAUUACAGCAUCGUGGCGCAACUGAGCAUCACCAAGUUGCUUGCAAAGACGGCGCUCGCAACGGAUGUCAAGAUCUCAGACUCCGGUGUGCAUUGGAUCGGUUGCGAUCCAAAUGAUUGCAGGAGGUUGGGAUAUCACCUCACCAACGGCUGGAGCGGCGUACUCGACUUGAUGAAGCCUUGCGUAACGCACGCGCACUGCCCGCCGGCGCCGUGGCUCGAGGCUCGUCAAUCCGAAGUUCGCGCGGAGAACUCGCUCGAACCUGAUGCCUUGUCCGUACCACUCAGCGAUUUACGGCGUCGAACACCAUGCUGGUUGCCGGACGGUGGAUCAUUCGCCGUUGGCCUCGGUGUCAAGCCCGGCGUGCGGGUUUUAGACUUUGCGCCGACGCCGAAGUCAAGACACUGGAUUCACGGGUUGACUAUCGCGGAUCUCGAACGUGAGCCGGCCGGACGAUACGCCACUGGCAACGAACCGGUCUUUAUCGAGACUUCCUCGAAGAUCUUUUCCGUGGCGGCACAUCCAUAUCAUCACGGUGAGCUGAUCGCAGGGGGCGAGAGUGCGCUGUGCUUGCUCGGAUACGGCCACGUGGCGUCAGGAAGGGACGAAGAUGAGCAAGGUGCCUCGUCGGAGGUCGAAAUCGGCGACGCUGUCGAUGCAUAG